AUGCACGGCAGGUUCCCCCAACGUACCAACGACGAGGUGAUCAGAGGCGCGAUUGGGAUGUGUGUCAUGUUUUCGCCAGUCACUCCCGUCCCCGGUCCCAAAAGUCAUCAAAGACUAACAGGUGAGCUUCAGCAGGCCUUACCUGUUGAAAAUUUUGCUGAAUGUAGCCUCGCGGAAGGAAAAAGUCUGGUGCGUAUGAGUAACGGUGCUACGGGAAGUGUGAUGCGUAUGCUGCUGGCCGACGCGAGCUAUAGCACGAACAGGCCUCUACAUUCCCACGGUGCCAGGAAACGGAGCCGGCACCGCGUGUGGCAGCUUUCCCAUUCUAUCAGGCCACGCUAUCGAUUUUUUCACUAUUCUCUUUUUUCUUCGUCGUUUCCUCACCGUAAGCAGGAAGCGAGUGGUGGCCGCCCAUGGUAUAAGAGCGCUCCCGACGCCCGAGGGCCAACUCCCAAUCGCAUCAUGAAGGUUCUCGCUCUCCUUGCUCUCUUCGUCGGCGCCGCUCUCGGGAAGGCCACGAGAGGAAAUGCCGCUUACACCUACGCGUACACCGAGCCGGGGAUGAAUGGCUUCUACCAGCUUUUCAACGACUAUGCACCAAAGCUUCAGAGCAUGAACUUCGACAACGUCAUCAGUAGUGUCUACCAGACUGGCAUGUGGCUGUACUACGAGAAUGAGGAAUACAACCAGGCAUCAGGCAGAGUCUACUGGGUGCAUGGAAUCGAACUCUCCGUUGACUUCCCACAGGAAUAUUCGAAUAUGUGUUCUUCCCUCAAGUUCGUGGGGAGUCCGGAUUACAUGAAUGCCGACUCGUGGACAGUGUUCGAGGGCCCCAUCUUCACAGGCAGCGAAUUUUACGGGGAAGCAGACGCUGCUAACCUGGGCUCCCUCACAGACCAGGGCUCUUCCAUUAUUUUGACGGGUGCCAGUCCAUGGACCUUCUACGAUGGGAACAGCUGGACUGGGUCGAGUAUGUGUCUUUAUCCCAACACUGACCAAGACACCGGCCCCCAGGGCCAAGUCUUGAACUUCGGCAUCUUCUCUGACGUGAAAGACUUAGGCAUCACCGACAACACCAUCGGCUCCGUGCGCAAGGGCUGCUGGUCCAAGAACGUGGUCAAGGUCGAGCCGCUCAAGGCCGAGUACAGGGGCGAGAACGGUGCCUGGGGCAUCUUGGAGCCUUAGCUCGGGAUUCGUGGAACCUCAGGAGUCUGAAGCCGGACGGGCAGUUGGCGAGGUAGCUCCAACUGGACGGCUUGCAAGAUUGCAUUACUUUGCAACAUCUGACUAUUGCGUGAAGGAUCUGCUUACUGCCAUAUAGACUUUUAAAAAUAAAUAAAAAUUAUAACCGUU